AGAGUUUCAGCGACACUUUCCCGAAACGGUCGCGGGUCCAUUGAGACUAGUCGCGCGAAGUGGCCGGACCGCGCCGGAUGCUGGUCCCUGUUGCAUGUUAAAAACGGCGCGCCGCUGCGCCCGGACGAGGGUGAUCGGAAGGGAAUCCCGCCUGCGAAAGUUAGCAAAGAGAAUCAAUUCCCGGUGAAACCGUGCGCGGAGAAAUGUGGCCAGGAGAGGGAUGCCGCACAACUUUACGAUGAGGAGGAACCGGAAGAGCGCCUGGAGUCGUCACAGAAUCGACGACUGAUUAUGACGCGCGUCCGCACGCGGUGGCAUUUCUCUCGUCUCCUCCUGUUGUUCUCUUCCUCCGAAGCCCUCCAGGCACGCCACUGCCUGACCCUCCUCCUUCUCGGCCUUACCUCUCUCCGCACAGCCCUGUCGUGCGACGAGAAGACGAGGCCCCAGAGCCGUGACCUGAGCGCGCUGCCCCGUUACUUUGAAGUACGGAGAUACCCGGAGCGGAGAGACCUCGGCGCUCCCAGAGUGAUCCCGGAAUGGAUGCAACGCGAAAACGAAGCUUCAAGCAUGGCCGGUCAAAGUGCUAGCGACGUGGCCAGUGACGAUCAUUCCGGCGAUUCGCCGGAAACUCAGAGGGACUGUGACGGAUCCGAUCCGUCGGUGACGAAGCAGGCCUACCCCGACGAUGACGUUCUCGCGAGUCGCGUUAACGAUCAGGAACCGCGCUCUGGAACCGCGAGCGAUUACCCGGGACGGAAGUCUGGCGAACGAUUAAGCGAUCCCGCGGGCACUCGGCGGGUCCGCGGCGGAAUCAGUUCUCAAAGUAUGAAGCAGCGCGAAGAAAGUGCGAACAAUUGGUUGGGCAAUCAGCUUGGGAAGCGGCGCGGUGUGCCGACGCUUCAAGUUACUUCUCGUCGCGCAUCGGUGAAUCGGGCUGUGAACGAGGUCCAAUUUCGCGACGGUGAUAACGAAGCGGGCCUGGCGACUUCGGGCGGAUCUCACCCGAGUGUCGGCGAUCUACCCGAGGACGCCGAGGACGCGUCGAUCGAGGCUCCGACCGAUCGAUCGUAUUCUCGCGAGGCCUCAAGUGUCGGUCGUCUGACGGGGAGUCGGCGGGAUCGCGGCGGCGGAGCCAGCUCCGAGGCGGAGCGAGCGGGUCUAAGCGCCGAUAAUUUAUUCGCCGAAAUUCCCGCCAGCCGCGCGAAUGAACGCACGAGCGAUUAUCCGGGCCGACGGAGUUCGCGCGGCGAUAUUGACGCCGCGCCGCAGCACCGCGACGUUCCCGCGGCUGAUCGAAGCGAUCGCGGGAUUGUCGGCUUCUGGGUCGCUAGGCAAACUCAUUUAAGCCGCCGCAAUACCUACGCGCUUGAUAAUCGGGGCGGCGGUAUUGCGCGCGGCUCCGAGAGCGACUCGGCCGAGCGGCUUCACGAGAGCGACGGUACCGUAAUAAAUGACGUUAUUCGUAAUGAGUUCGCGAGCGCGAACGAUUCAGACGUCGAUGCAAUCGCGAUUGACGACUUGGACGUCGUGGGCGCCGUCCCAAUGGAGAACCAGGUCGAACUCGGCGGAAUUUCGGAAAUCGGGAAUCGGACCGGCGUCGACCCGGAUCUCGGCGGGGCGGCAAUUCGCCCCGCGAAUUGUCGCAACGUCGCCUGCUCCAAGUCGAGCGACGAGGACGACAACGACGACGACGACGACGACCUGUCGGUAAUUAGAAUAAAGAAGUUCGGUACGGAGGAAUCCAACGGGGAUCGAGGAUACGAGGACGAGGAUCGUUCUGCGCGGGCGGGCGAAAUAUCGACGGCGCCUGGCAACGACAGCGAUACCGAUAUCGACAUCGACAGCGAGGCGCCUUUCACCGGUUUCGAGGGCUCUCAGAAAUUUCCCGUAAAAAUCAAUCACAAGUCGCCGCCGUCGGUGCAAGUCGAAAAGUUUGACAGGCGGCACUUCGGCCCGCAUAAGGAGGACGUACUUGAAGAAACAUCUACGUGGUACCCGAGCACCGUGCUUCCCGACCUACCGAAGAGCCCCAGCAGAGACGUGCUUCCUCGCAAGACGAGCGACGGCUCCGACGACGUCGCGGACGAGGUGGACGAGGCGGACGAUGUCGGCGAGGGGACGACGGAGAUGGACGCGAGGCGGAACGAUACUCGUGACGAGUCGCGGCCGCCCGGUACCGACGUACCGGAAGGACACUUGUCGGUGAUCGAGUCCACCCCUGACGAGAGACUCGCGGUGACCUCGAACGUCACGGGCAGUGAGCUCGAGAAGGCGACGCGCGACAAGAACUUUUCCGACGGCACGGCGAGGAUAUCGAGUGCGGAACCGAUAGCGAAGAUAAACGUAACUAUCCUAGGACUUUUCGAGAUGACGCACAGGGUCUCGUCGAGACCGGAAGGAGCCAGCGAGCUUCAAGCGGCCAAACUGGCUGUCGAGCGUGUCAACGAGUUGGAUAUCUUAAAGCGCUUCCGUCUGCGACUCAUUUACAAUGACACCAAGUGCGAUUCUGGAGUGGCUGUGGACAGAUUCUUUCACGCCUUGUACUCGACGAGGAAGAAGCACCUGAUGCCAUUCCUGCUCGGCACCGCUUGCUCCGAAGUCACCGAGACUCUGGCCAAAAUUGUGCCCUAUUGGAACGUGAUCCAGGUGUCGUUCGGCUCGACGGCACCCGCACUCUCGGAUUCCAACGAGUAUCCUCUGUUCCUGCGAACCGUCGCGCCGGAUUCGAGUCACAAUCCGGCCAGGAUAGCGUUGAUCAAACACUUCGGAUGGGACACCGUCACCGCGCUCUCGCAAACAGGCGACAUGUACUCCUUGGCAGUGAAUGAUCUGGUCACGGAACUGGAGCAGGCGAAUAUCACGUGCACCGCGACUAUCACGUUCGCCGAGAACGAUUACAAGGAGCAGCUGCGAACAUUGAAGGAACUGGACACGAGGAUCAUUAUUGGCAGUUUCUCCCCGCGAUUGGCGCAGCGUGUUCUAUGCGAGGCCUGGAAGCUCGGGAUGCACGGUGGCGAUUACGCGUGGAUUCUGCCAGGCGAGACCAUCGACUCCUUGGGGAUAACCGGCGAUUGGUGGCACGUCGGCGUCGGAGAGUGUUCGCCUUCGCAGCUGUCGCAGACUCUGGACGGUUUAAUCAUCGUCAAGAGUCACCCCACGGUCGUGGGCAACGAGACCAGCGCCUCAGGAUUGGUAUGUCGCGUUUCUGCUCAACCUGUAUAAUAAAUCUAUCCCGUUAAAUUCAAUCGGCCGAUGAGACACCGCGCUCAGUUAGACUGUUAUAAACUGAUUAGAACGAGGUCUGCAUUCACCAAGUUUCCCGUUGAUUUAUAUGUAUCCGGUGUAUAUGAUUUACAAGACCCGAAGAUGGGUCGAAACGUUUGUUCUUAUUAAAGAGCAAAUUUGACUUUUAUAUAUUGCGAGAACCGAGUUCCGUUCCAUUUGCGGCUCACAUUGGCACUUUCUCCUUACUACGUACUUUCUUUCUGGGAGCCUUCACUAUCCUACGGAAUUUUUUGUACGCUGCCUGCAAGGUACGUUUUCCGACCUUCUUUGAAUUUAUUAGAUGCUGUUUUGGAUUGGAAACCACCAUCUUACUCGAGAAUUGGAUCAAAUUUCACUGAAGAAGACCCGAAGGAGGGUCGGAACGUUUGUUCUUGUCAAAGAGAAAUUUUGACUUUUAUGUCGAGAGAACCGAGUUCCGUUCAUUUUAUGGCUCGCAUUGACACUUUCCCCUUACUACGUACUUUAUAUGUAUCUUUUCAUCGGUCGUUUGUUCUCCGCGACAAUCGUGCUUACAGUAUCCCGCGUUUAUGAGGUAACAAGUUUAAUAAUGAAAAAAAAAAGAAAAGCAAGAUAACGAUCGUUCCAGACCGUUAA